CCCUCGCAAGUCGCAAGCACCCUGGGACACAUAUUUUGAGCAGCGAGCACUACCUCUCUGUAGUCCGCACCAUGGAGUUCGCACAGCUUCUAAUUCUCCUCUGCCUUUCGGUGGCCGUGUGGGUGCUCGCCGCCGGCGACGUCGCGGCGGCACGGAGCCCAGGCUGUGCAAACGUAGCGUGGUGCGGCGAUGUCGAGGUCCCGUACCCGUAUGGCUUGGAAAGACAGUGCGCGAUCCACCGCGGCUUUCAUCUCAACUGCUCGACUGUAGGCGGCGCCACCAAGCUGUUAUGGAACAAGGUGGAGGUGACCAAGAUCUCCGUGAAGGAUAACAAGGCCUGGACGAAGACUUACAUCUCGCGGCAGUGCUACAACCAGUCCACGAACAAGAUGAUAUACGACAACGCGUGGAUCAACCUAACCAACACCCCCUUCGUGGUAUCGGCGGACGAUAACAAAGUCACCGUCCUCGGGUGCAAUAGUUUUGCCUACAUACGAAGCAACGAUUACAUAUUCGGCUGCAUGUCAACAUGCGACGAUACAAGCCCCAAGAACGGCUCAUGUUCCGGUGCUGGGUGCUGCCAUGCGAAUCUCCAGAGAGGAGUCCGGUAUUAUAAGGGCUUUUUCAAUAUUUUGUACAACACCACCGACAAAAAAUGGUGGACAACCCCUUGUAAUUAUGUUGGUGUGAUCGCAAAUGAAGCCUUCAACUUCAGCACCACCUACCUCAACUCGACAAUGUUCUAUGACAUCGAGGGCUCACAGAAACCAACUGUGAUGGAAUGGGCGAUUACACAGAAUACAUGUGAAGAAGCCAAAAUCAACAAGAACACGCCCUAUGCAUGUGUUAGCAACCAUAGCCAUUGUAUCAUGAAUGAUGCGGGCUACGCCUGUAAGUGCUCCAGUGGAUACGAAGGCAACCCUUACAUCAUCGGCGGAUGCACAGAUAUCGAUGAGUGCCUAGACAAUGUUACUUACCCGUGUGUUGGAAUUUGCAAAAAUACACCGGGGAGUUUCACCUGUUCAUGCCCACGAGGGAAAAGCAUGAUUGGUAGCGUUUGCGUGGAAGAUAAGAAGUCAACCUGGAUGGCACCAGUUGUUGGUGCAAGCAUUGGACUUGUGGUUCUUGUGGUUGCCAUCACUUGUGCAUACUCGAUCCGAGAAAGACGAAAGCUACAAUGCAUUAAACAGAAGUAUUUUCAACAACAUGGUGGCCUACUGCUAUUCCAGGAAAUGAAGUCACAACAAGGAGUUCCAUUCAAAAUAUUCUCUGAAGAAGAACUGCAGGAAGCCACAAAUAGGUUUGCAGAGCAACAAGUCAUUGGCCAUGGGGGCCAUGGAAAAGUCUAUAAGGGAUUAUUGAAGAGCAAUGCAGAAGUAGCUGUGAAAAGAUGCAUGAUAAUUGAUGAGCAACAAAAGAAAGAAUUCGCUAAGGAGAUGCUAAUCCUAUCCCAGAUCAACCACAAGAAUAUCGUAAAGCUCCUCGGUUGUUGCUUGGAAGUUGAAGUCCCCAUGCUGGUGUAUGAGUUCAUCCCAAAUGGUACAUUGUUCCAUCUCAUCCAUGGCAACCAUAGCGGACACAUUUCCUUGGACACUCGUGUAAGGAUUGCUCAUGAGUCUGCAGAAGCCUUAGUUUACCUUCAUUCCUGUGCAUCUCCACCGAUCAUACAUGGUGAUGUCAAGUCCACCAACAUCCUCUUGAAUGGUGACUUCACAGCAAAAGUAUCUGACUUCGGUGCAUCGAUUCUAGCACCAAGCGACGAGUCACAGUUUGUAACGCUGGUUCAAGGAACUUGUGGCUACCUUGACCCAGAAUACAUGCAAACUUGCCAAUUAACAGAUAAGAGUGAUGUAUACAGCUUUGGGGUUGUUCUCUUGGAGUUGCUCACACGCAAGAAGGCACUCAACCUCAAAGCAUCUGAGCAUGAGAAGAGCCUAUCUGUGGUUUUUCUAGAUGCAAUGAAGGAGAACAAGCUAGAGGAUAUCCUAGAUGAUGAGAUCAAGAAUGACGAGAAUGUGGAGAUUCUUGAGAUUGCCGACUUAGCUAGGCAAUGCUUGGAGAUGUGUGGCGUGAAUAGACCAUCAAUGAAGGAAGUUGCAGAUAAGCUUGAUAGGUUGAGGAAGGUCUUGCAUCAUCCAUGGGCACAUAAGGAUCCUGAAGAGUUGGACAGCUUGCUUGGAGAGUUCAUCUUCGGUCAACUCCGGGGUUAUCAAGGUACAGAGAAUUCCAGCAUCACGGAGAGAGUUUCUAUGGGUGUAGAAUCAGGACGUUAAAUUAGUCACUAGUCAUAUAUUGAUUCUGUUUAGAUUGCCAUUUGGAGAUAUAGAACUAUCAUAUAGUAUAUAUGGAUCUUUUAGCAGCUACCUGCAGUAGCUGGCAUCCAAAGGCAAGGCUUGCAAGCUUCCGUGUGCUCUUAUCCAUGGAGACGUAGCUAUCAAGAAUAGUGACGAGCAGUGGCUGCUGUUUCCUGGAUGGAAUAAAUCAAGAUUGAUUUGCCUGUUGCAUGCUCUGCUGGGACCAUGUUACUUCGGGUAAUCACUAACUCGAUCAUGUGGAAAACUUGUAUGCAUUCAGAUUAUACCCCCGGCCCCAAAUACCUUCAGAUCAGGUGUUAAAUUAAGAUCUCUUUAGCUUGAUAUGUUUCCUGUAUCGAAGGCUAUUCGAAUAAGGGCCCAACUCCUCGUGGCUCCAGCUCCUUAUGACGUGCUACUGUUCAUCUAUUGUAGCGACA